GGCUCUGAAUGAAUGGAAGCUGCGGGGCGGGCCUGCGCGCACGGCCGCCCUGCCCAAGAUGCGGUAGCCCAGUGGCCUGUAGGGCCCUCGCCAGCCCCUCGCCCUCCUCCCGCCCCGGGCAGAGGCCGCCGCCGUCUCCGCGCCCAACGCCGAGGCCAAGGCUGCCACGGGGAAGGUCGGAGGGAGGGUGGUUUCCUCCCGCCCCACACCCAGUCUCCGAGCCGGAUAUAGCGAGUGUCACGUUUGGGGGCCGAAAGGCGAGAGCAGUUUCCUUGUGGCCGAAGCACUUCCCGGAGCCCCGGGGAAGGACUGGGAUUUAGAGGACCACUAGUUGAGCCGGCUCCGCGCUGGAGGAGCAGGAACUUUCCAAGCCCCAAAGAAACUCCAGGAUCCCAAUAGUCUCUAAUUUCAUCCUGAGUUUAGGAUUUGCUGUGGGGAUACCAAUGGGCUUAAAGCUACUUGCAGUUGUUAACAGUUCUGUCAUUAAAAACUCUCACAUGAUGAGAGACAAAGCAUCUUAUCCUGAACAGGAACCUCUUUCUGGAGCUAUAAAAGACCAAGUGGAGAAUCAUGUCCAUGAUUGCAGCUUUCUAUGGUGGCAAGUCCAUUCUCAUUACUGGGGCCACAGGCUUCUUGGGCAAAGUGUUGAUGGAGAAGCUAUUUCGCACCAGCCCGGACCUGAAAGUCAUUUACAUCCUUGUGAGGCCCAAGGCUGGCCAGACUCUGCAGCAAAGGGUUUUCCAGAUCCUAAAUAGUAAGCUGUUUGAAAAAGUCAAAGAAGUCUGUCCCAAUGUGCAUGAGAAGAUCAGAGCUAUUUCUGCAGAUCUCAACCAGAGUGACUUUGCCAUCAGCAAGGAGGACAUGCAGGAGCUUCUUUCCUAUACAAACAUCAUCUUCCACUGUGCCGCCACUGUCCGCUUUGAUGACCACCUGAGACAUGCUGUGCAGCUCAACGUCACUGCUACCCAGCAGCUGUUGCUCAUGGCCAGUCAGAUGCCAAAACUGGAAGCCUUCAUACACAUCUCCACUGCCUUUUCAAACUGUAACCUGAAGCACAUCGAUGAAGUCAUCUAUCCAUGUCCGGUGGAGCCAAAAAAAAUCAUCGACUCCAUGGAGUGGUUAGAUGAUGCUAUUAUUGAUGAGAUCACACCCAAGCUGAUCGGGGAUCGGCCCAAUACGUACACCUACACCAAAGCCUUGGGAGAGAUGGUGGUACAGCAGGAGAGUGGGAACAUCAACAUCGCCAUCAUACGUCCCUCCAUCGUGGGAGCAACCUGGCAGGAGCCUUUCCCGGGUUGGGUUGAUAACCUAAAUGGACCUAGUGGGCUCAUUAUUGCGGCUGGAAAGGGGUUUCUUCGGUGCGUAAGAGCCACUCCAAUGGCUGUGGCAGAUUUAAUUCCAGCAGAUACAGUUGUCAACCUCACCUUGGCUGUAGGAUGGUACACAGCAGUUCACAGACCUAAGUCAGUAUUGAUCUACCAUUGUACAUCUGGCAACUUCAAUCCCUGUAACUGGGGCAAAAUGGCAUUACAAGUCUUGGCAGCCUUUGAAAAAAUUCCAUUUGAGAGAGCUUUUAGGAGGCCGAAUGCUGACUUCACAACCAACAGCAUCACAACCCAGUACUGGAAUGCUGUCAGCCACCGGGCCCCUGCCAUCAUCUAUGACUUUUAUCUGCGGCUCACGGGGAGGAAACCCAGGAUGACAAAGCUCAUGAAUCGGCUUUUAAGAACUGUUUCCAUGCUGGAGUAUUUCAUCAACCGGAGUUGGGAAUGGAGCACAGACAACACCGAAAUGCUGAUGUCGGAGCUGAGUCCCGAGGACCAGAGAGUAUUCAACUUUGAUGUGCGCCAGUUGAACUGGUUGGAAUACAUUGAAAAUUAUGUUUUAGGAGUUAAGAAGUACUUACUGAAAGAGGAUAUGGCUGGGAUCCCAAAAGCAAAGCAACACUUAAAAAGGCUCCGAAACAUUCACUACCUCUUUAAUACUGCCCUCUUCCUCAUCGCCUGGCGCCUUCUCAUUGCAAGAUCUCAGGUGGCUCGGAACGUGUGGUUCUUCAUCGUGAGCUUCUGUUACAAACUCCUCUCCUACUUUAGGGCGUCCAGCACACUCAAGGUCUAAGAAAACUUGGCAAACGUCUCUUACCUGGAACCUCUCAGAUACCUCCAAAACAGCAACUGUAGUUCUCAAGAUUAGAAAGUAAUAGUUAUGCCCAAGUUCGUUACUUGUCAAAUGUGCUGUCAUGUAUUCAUCCUUAUUUAACUAUAUAUUUUUAUUUCAGUGAGAGAAGGAAAGCAUAUCCUAGUCUAUCAUCAUACGUGUUUUAGGAAAAAAUUGUUUCCUAAUUCUCUGCCCUUAAAUGUAAAACACCAGAGUAGAGCCAUCUUCCCAUAUGCAGCUUUUUUUCCUCCAUGAGGGGACUACUUUCAACUCAACAAACAUGGAACAGUGAGCUAUGCUAAAAAAAGACAGUUCUACCUUGGAAACCUUGGUGUACUCAGUAUGAAGGUUUAAAAUCAAGGUAAGUAGAGGAAGGUCUCAGCAUCCUCAAAAAUGCUGUAACAGAAAUAAUUCUCCACUGAAGUUUCUGCUUUCUUUUUAUGUUACACCAUGGAGUCUUGGUUGAAGGCUGGGGGAAUUAGAAAAGUGGUUUCACAUUUAAUAUUUUCCUUAACUAAACUCACUUCUAAAACCUAAAAUGAACCAAGAGGUAUAGAUAAUUAUGUAUAGAAAGAGGGCUCAAGCAUAUUUUCAUUGGGACUCAGUUUAUUAUGCUUUUAAGUAAAAAUGAAUUCUCAUAAUUUGAAUUAAACAACUAUUAUUUCCAAAUCUUUUGACCA